CCAGGCAUAUCGGCUGGUUCGAUCGUAAUAAUGUCGACCGCCUUAUUCUUCUCCCUGCCCGCCCUACUACUGCUGAUGGCAGCCACCAUCAUCGAGACAGCCGUGAGUGCUCCUGGCUCUGGCUGUCAGACCAGCUGCGGCGGCGUGGACAUCCCUUACCCCUUCGGCAUCGGCACCGGCUGCUUCCGCGAGGGCUUCGCGAUCGACUGCUCCAACAACAAUGGCCCUGUGCUCGCCGGCACGACCCUUCGGGUGGUGCGCCUGUCCCUGGAUCCCGACGAGUCACAGGUGAUGCUCCCCAUUGGGUGGCAGUGCUACAACGCCACCAAUCCAGGCGACACCUACGACUGGAGCCAUGGAGAGACGAAGAUGAACAAGGACGGCGUGUACCGCAUCUCCAACACGCAGAACAUGCUCGUCGUCAUCGGCUGCAACAGCCUGGGCAUGACGGCGAGUGAGAGGACCGAGGGCGGCACGGAGAACUACGCCUACUUCGCCGGUUGCAUGUCCUACUGCAACAACUCUGCCAGCCCGCAGGACAAGCUCUGCGCCGGCGUCGGGUGCUGCCACGUCGACAUCCCUCCGGGGCUCACCGACAACUACUUCAACUUCCGGGAGUAUGAUCACUCAGCCAUGUUGGACUACAGCCCAUGUGACUAUGCUUUCCUUGUUGGUAAGAACAACUACACCUUCCAGCGCUCCGACCUCCGCAUGAACACAAACCGGACCUCGCCGGUGUGGCUAGACUGGGCCAUCCGCGGCAACGGCUCCGGCGCCGCCAUAUUGUCCUGCGCCAACGCCACCACCACGGCCUGCGUCAGCGCUAACAGCGACUGCGUUGACUCCCAAAAUGGGCCUGGCUACAACUGCAAGUGCUCCAAAGGCUUCCAGGGCAACCCCUACGUUGUCAACGGAUGCAAGAAUAUUGAUGAGUGUGCAGAUAAGGCCAAGUAUCCUUGCUACGGAGUUUGCGAGGACACUGAAGGAUCUUACGAAUGCACAUGUCGUCCAGGCUAUCGGAGCAAUGACGCAAAAAAGGAACGAUGCACUCCUCCGUUCCCACUUGCAGCACAGAUUUCCAUAGGCGUAAUACUUGGCCUUUUUGUCUUGGCAUCUCUGGUAUUUAUUUAUGUUCUUCGCAAAGAGCAAAGGAAGACGCUAGAGUUUUAUAAUAAGAACGGUGGUCCUACCCUAGAGAGGGCCAAAAAUUUAAAGAUUCUUAAAAAGAAGGAACUCGAGCCAUUCUUCAAGGAUAGCAAUUUUAUUGGAGAAGGUGGCUUUGGUAAAGUUUACAAGGGUGUUGUUGGUGAUGAAGUAGUCGCAGUAAAGAAACCGAUUAGUGGCAGUGCGCUAGAGAACAAUCAAUUUGCAAAUGAAGUCAUCAUCCAAUCUCAAGUCAUGCACAGGAACAUUGUUAGGCUUAUAGGUUGUUGCCUAGUAGUGGAUGCCCCGAUGCUAGUUUACGAGUUUGUCUCCAAAGGAAGCCUAGAUGACAUUCUUCAUAAAGUUGGCAACAAGAAACCGCUCAGCUUGGAUGUGCGUCUAAGUAUUGCCGCGGAAUCAGCACGUGGUCUAUCUUAUAUGCAUUCAGAAGCCCACACAACAAUCCUGCAUGGUGAUGUUAAACCGGCAAAUAUACUCUUGGAUGAUGAAUUCAUGCCAAAGAUCUCAGAUUUUGGCAUAUCCAGGUUGAUCGCAAGAGAUAAGCAACAUACCUUUAAUGUCAUCGGUGACCUGACUUAUAUAGAUCCAGUAUACAUACAAGAAGGCCGAUUGACUGAAAAAAGUGAUGUCUACAGUUUUGGGAUCGUGAUCUUGGAGCUCAUAAGCAGGAAGAAGGCCACUCGCGACAACAGCUUAGUGAAGAGUUUCCUAGAGGAUCACAAACAAGGGAAGAAAUCUUCUGAGCUGUUCGAUAAGGAAAUUGCAGUACCAGCAGAUAUGGAGCUUCUUCAUUGUCUUGCAGGGAUCGCUGUCGAAUGUCUUAACCUCGAUGUGGAUAAAAGGCCAUGGAUGAAAGAUGUUGCAAAUCGCCUUCUCACACUCAACCAGAGCCGAUCUUGUAGGUCGUAAGUUAUUUUUAUCGGUGAUGAACCUGAUGAAUGCAUGCAUAUAUACUCCUUCCAUUUCACAAAGAAUGGCGCCCAUGAUUUUUGAGGUCGAACUUUGACCAACGAUUGGACCAAUUAUAUGUAGAUUAUAUGUUACAAAUUUUAUAUCGUUGGA